AUGGCUGAAACACACUCUCACACUCCCUUAGGUGCACCCACGAUCAGCCCCAUCACAACAACUAAACCAUGCACCCCACCAGAACACAGCAUGAAUAUGAUGGUUGUUUUGGCAGCCAUAGUGUGUGCCUUGCUUUGUGCUCUUGGUCUCAACACAAUGUUGCAAUGUGUGUUCCAAUGUGCCAAUCGUGUUCUCACGGAACCCCUUCAAUGGAUAGCCUCAAGAAGACUCAAUUCUGGCCUCAAGAGGAGAGAAAUGGUGGCUUUGCCAACCUCAACUUACACCCAUUCUGGUGGCUCUCCGUCUAACUGUGCCAUUUGCUUAGCAGAGAUCUCUGAUGGGGAGAAGAUAAGGUUCCUCCCAAACUGCAAUCACCAUUUUCAUGUUGAUUGCAUUGAUAAGUGGCUGCUUUCUCACUCUUCUUGCCCAACUUGUAGGAACUUGCUCAAGUCUAGUGAUUCACUUUACUCUUUGCGUAUUGUAGUAUCUUAG